AUGAAUAACGGGUGUUGUCCAGUUCGGCACGAGCCGGUCUAUGGAGGCUUGUCCGACGCCCACCCGAAGCCUCUUCCGUUGCGCUAUGCUUACCAUUGCCUGGCGGCCUGGCUGGGCCUGGUCAUCUUUAUACCGUCGACGUGGCUGAUUGGUGCCGACGAGCGGCGCUCUGACGCCACCGUCAAGCCUCUUCAUCAUAGUCUAAUCAAAACAGUCAAGGGCAGAGAAACUCCAACUCUUCACUCGUGGUCGAUUAAUUGUAGCCUUGUGAGGCUUUGGCUGCGACCAAGACCGGCGAUUACGACAGCCGAGUUUCGGCGACAGGACGCGUUGCCGGGAUUCUGGGCCGGCAACGGCUCGUUCAGCUGCGCUGCUCUUUCCACGUGA